AUGUAAAAAGGUUUAUUAACAAUAUUAGCCUUAGCAUUGCUAGCUGGUACAACCUUAUUGAAUAAUUCUUAAAAUAUAGAAUCAACAUCCUUUUUGGAGGACAAAUUAAUGAAGGAAUACUAAAUGUGGUAAUAGGAACAUGGAAAAAGAUACUCUACAUUUGAAAAUACACACAGAUUUGGAAUAUUUAAACAAAAUUAUGCUUAUGUUUAAGAACAUAAAAAAAGAUUUGAAGCUGGAUUAGAAACAUAUGAACUUGGUAUGAACAAUUUUGCUGAUAUCUCUGUUGAAGAGUUUGAAGCUAAAUACUUAAACUUCAAAGCAUCUAAUAAAUAUUAAUCUGAUUAAAUCUUUAGAGGAGAAGGUAGAUAAAUUCCAGAUAGUGUUGACUUAAGAAAUGAUGGUCUUGUAGGUCCAGUUUAAAAUUAAGGAAGUUGUGGAUCAUGUUGGGCAUUUUCUGCUGUAGGUGCUUUGGAAACUGCUUUGAGAUAGAGUGGAGCAACAACUGUGGAAUUAUCUGAAUAAGAACUUGUUGAUUGUGUAAAAGGAGGAGAAUAUGACAGUGACGGUUGUAAUGGAGGUUUUAUGUUUGAAAGUUUUGAUUAUGCCUCAAAGUAUGGAAUUGCUAUCAAAUCAGAAUACACUUAUGUUGCUGUAGCUUAAGAGUGUUAAUCUAAAAAGACUAAAACUAGAUAUUAAUUCAAUGGUUAUGUUGAAGUUGAAUCACUUAAUUCUUAAGCUUAUCUUGAAGCUGCAUCUCAACAUGCUCUUUCUGUUGGUGUCAAUGCAAGAGGAAUUAAUUUCUAAUUAUAUAGAAAGGGUAUCUUUUCAUCAGUAUGUGAUGGAAAAGUUGAAUCACUUAAUCAUGCAAUUGUUAAUGUUGGAUAUGCAUCAGAUUAUUAUUUACUUAAAAAUUCAUGGGGACUUUCUUGGGGAGAAGCUGGAUUUAUUAGAUUUGCCAGAAUAGCAGAUAAAGUUGGACAAUGUGGUGUUCAUUAGGAUGUAACUUAUCCAAUCUAUAAAAAGAAUUCAGCUGUUAUUUAAUGA